AUGGACGUCGCCAAUAAUCGCUCGCUCGGGUUCGUGGGUAAGGAGAUCUUGUUCCGCAAGAUUGAGUUUGAGCGCUACCGGAAGCCGCAUGUUGUCGAGUACCCCCGCAGCGCCACCGUUCUCAACCCGCAGCACACACGUCAGCUCCGCGAGUCGAUGAGCACGCAGCGGCACGAUGGCAAGCUCGACAACGCCGACACAGACGACGGCGACGAGGGGGCGGCGCCCCGCGGAGGCUUGGACAGCGACGACGACGACGACGACCCGCGGCGCAUCGAUAAGGCAGCACAGCUGUGCUCCGACGCGCAGCUUCGCAGCAGCCUAUACCUACGCUGGCAGAACAUCACGCCUGUUGGGCUAGGGCUCAUGAACCUUGGCAACACGUGCUUUGCGAACAGCGUGCUGCAAGCACUUGCCCACAUUCCGGCACUGGCACAGUACUUCAUGAACACGUUCCGCUCAGCAGACAACCAGCUUGGCGCCCCCUUCGACUUCGGCUUCGCCAUUGCCGAGACGUUUCGCAAGAUGCAUCAUGCGCCACAGCAGGGCCGCACCGGUGGCAGCGGCGGAGGUGCGUACCGACCUGGGCAAAUCAUAGGUAACCUCCGCCUGCUAUCAAAGCACUUCGCCAUUGGGCGGCAGAGCGACGCGCAUGAGUUUGCCGUGCAGCUUCUCUUUUCGUGUCAGAAGUCGCUGCUGCACCGCCUUGUCGGCUCCAAGAAAGUGCAGCCACAGGUGGCACACACCACCGCACUCCACCGCAUCUGUGGUGGCUAUCUGCUCUCACAAGUAACGUGGUCGCGCCAGGAAGAGAUCCAGCAGCUGCUGCGCGUCGGCAGGCAGCAAGAGGCGAUGGACCUCAAGAUGGAGGCAAAGCAAGCAGAGAGGAAGCGGGCGAAACGUGUCUCGCAGCACGAGCUCGAUGCGCAAACCCUGUGCUCCAACACCUACGACCCCUUCACGAUUCUCUCGGUGGAAUUGGCGGGGCACACACUGGAGCACUGCCUGAGCAAGUUCUGCGCAGUCGAGGCGCUCGAUGGCCGCUCCUACCGGUCCCCACGUCAGGUUGGCGUGCGUGCACGCAAAAAGUUUAGCAUCCACGUUCCGCCGCCAGUGCUCGCCAUCCACGUGAAGCGCUUUGGCCCUACGGGCAAUAAGAUAAACAAACACGUGCAAUUCCCACUGGAGUUGGACAUUACUCGCUACUGCACCCUACCGCCGUCGUCCCCGCCGCCGUCGUCGUCGCCGUCGUCAGCGCUGCCGGAUCACCUGCAGUCGCAGGAUGGCAUGUCCUCCUCAGCAACGGCAAAGAGAGCUGAUUGUCAGUACGAGCUCAACGCCGUAUGCGUUCAUGAAGGACGCUCCAUUGACUACGGCCACUACUACACCUUGGCCAAGGCCUCGAAUGGCAUGUGGUACGAGUUCAACGAUAGCCACGUCAGUCGUCUUUCGGAGGACCAGCUCCAGCGGGCACAGGUGUACAUGCUCUUCUACUCCCGCAAGCCCACCGCCUCCGCUGAGAAACAGCAGCAGCAUAGCACCAACGGCAGCGCACACGCCUUCGCGUCUUCCUCCGCAUCUGUCAAGCUCAGCGUGGGGACAGCGGUGAAAGAGGACCGUGCCAUUGGGCGAGAGCUGAGCGAGUCGGAGGUGCAGGUGCUGCUGAAGAAGCGCUGCGCUGGGCAACGACAGACGAGCGACUUAAACGGCAGCUCCUCCUCCUCCUCGGUGUCUGCAGCGCCGCCGCAACGCCUGUCCGACGCUUCUGGCGAUGGCGAUGAAGAAGGCCACACGGCCGAGGGCUCGUCUUUGCCGUUGAGCACGACUGUCCGCGUGCAGACAUCCAAGCGCGUUCGAGAGGAGCUUUCAACGGACUCGGAUAGCGACGGCGUCGACGAAAAGAAGGGCAGCGCAUACGCACGCCGGCUGUGGACACAGCACAACGGGUGCGCAGCGCAGGACAGCCACAGCGAGGCAAACGUGGUACCAUGGUCCUCACAACGAGGUGACAAGGACGAUGCAGCGUCUCCCCGUCCGCCGCUGCUGAAGUCAGCUACAGCGUCCCUCUAUGGUGGCCUCGUUAAGUCGCUGAGGCGCGCACCGAGAGACGGCGGUGCAUUUUCCGACACAACAACACUACCGCAGCAGCGGCAGCGCCUCAACUUUCGGGUUGGCCGGCACGCCGUACAAGCCCUGCAUCAGCGCAAGGCGCUCAACACCCCUGAGACGGUGCGGCGACCGGCAUCGGCACCCGCGUUCCAGCAGCGCAUCCGUGAUCCCCUUUGGGAAAUGGAGAUGGACCGCGGUAAGGUGAAGAAGGUGAAGUCGAAGGUGAAGGCACCGGAUCCGUUUGAAGGCGUCAACCCCUUUCAGGAGGCGUCGCACGGCAUGUUCGACAUUCGUGGGCGGCGGCGGCGCGAGUAG